UACAACACCCAACAGCCCAAUAACUCCAUCCUUCUUCCCAAAAGCCUACCGACCCAACAGCCCAAUAACUCUAUCCUUCUUCCCAAACGACCACCAUUAUACCCAUCAAAAACCCAAAAGCGUAACGUACAUACGCGUAUGGAAUCGCCGUUCACCGGAACUUCAUUGUCGGAGCUUCACUAGUCGGAGUGUGGAAUCGCCGUCUUAAGCUCGUCCUAGUUCCGGCUUUCGAAAAGGAAGCACACUUGGGAUUGAAAUGAAUGGUGCUUCCUUGUCCGGUGGUAUAAGAGCUGCUUUAUCCUAUUGUGUGCAGCAAGUACGACGUUAUGAUUAUCAUCACUACCUCUGCCUUCUUGAACUUCCCGCAGACAUGAGGAAGGCUGCAUUUGCGCUCCGAGCUUUCAAUGUCGAGACAUCCCGAGCUAUGGAUGUUGCAUCUGAUCCCAAAAUUGGUCUUAUGCGCUUGCUGUGGUGGCAAGAAGCUUUGGACAAGAUCUAUUCAAACAAGGUAAUUGAGCAUCCAGUAGCUCAGGCCCUCACCUCUGUAGUAUCUGAACACAAGGUUAGCAAGAGUUGGCUGAAACGAGCUGUGGAAGCCCGAAUAAAUGAUGCAAAUAGAGAAAAUAAUGAUAUUCCACAAACUGUUGAAGAAUUGGAGCGUUAUGCUGAGGACACAACAUCAACUAUUCUGUACUCUACACUUCAAGCAGGUGGUAUUAAAUCCACAGCAGCAGACCAUGCUGCUUCACAUAUUGGUAAGGCAAGUGGACUGCUUUUGUUGCUUAAAUCACUGCCAUACCAUGCUAGUCGAAACUAUCAGUUUUCAUAUAUACCAGCCAAGGUGGCUGAGAAACAUGGUUUGUUGGUUCACCAAAGUGGUCAAUCAGAGAUCAGAAAGGACUCGCGUGAGGCCCUUUGUGAUGCAGUUUUUGAAAUGGCAUCUGUAGCUAAUGCACAUAUCCAGAAGGCUCGAGAAUUGGCUGGAAGCGUUCCAGCUGAAGCUCGUCCUUUGCUUUUGCCUGCUGUGCCUGCCCAGGUCAUUUUAGAUUCUUUGGCUCGGGUACAGUUUGAUGUGUAUGAUCCACGGCUGGCACGUGGAAUCUUAGGGGCUCCCCCAUUGUUGUUUCAGUUGAAAUUGAAAUGGUAUUCAUGGAGGGGCAAAUAUUAACAUUACCCUUAUGGCUCUAUUGCCUUGUUUUGAGUAGACCGGGAAUUCUAAUGGCGUAAUUCAUAAAUAGACACUCAAACUUAGCCUUAUCUGCCAAGUAAGCACUCCAGCUUUGACAAUGCACAUCUAGACACGUCAACUUGGUCUCAACCGACAACUAAACACUCCACUGAUUGACAUUGCAAGUAGGAUUUGUUUGAUGAGCAAUUGAGUCCUUACAUGAAUAAAUUGAUGAUUCUUUGAUUGGUGCUGCUGGUGUUUCGUCCAUACACGGAAAGAGGAGAGCAUAAGCUGCAGUGUUGGGAUAAAUUUUCGCAAGUACUUUGUUCUGUUUUUGACAGUCAUGUUUCACUCUGGCUUGCUGCUUUUCGAGUUUGUUUUGAUCAUGUUGCUCUCUUAGUUGGAAGUGCUAGAUUUUAUAUGAGAAACACAGCCAGUAAAUCACAAGAAACAAGCAAAUAACUAUGCAAUACAAUGUAUGGCCAUAUUAUAUGGCCACACUAUGAGGUAAUUGACAGCUUGAAGUUGAUUUGCUUGUUUCUGAGUCAAAUUUUAUCUGUUACCAUUCUUCCUAUUGUCUGUCAUAUAGCAUAAUGGUGGUGAAUAAAAUAACAGGUGCGAACGCAUUCACUAUCCUUAUUAAAGUUCGAAUUCAUUAUCA